AUGAAUGGUGUGGGGCAGACAGUGCCUCUCGAUCAAUACAACUACGCUCUUACCAACUUUCGAAUUGCCCACGAUGAAGUCGAAAAACAACGCCGCCAGCUCGAAGAACAAGAACGGCAAGUCGCCGCGCUCCGAGAGCGGAUCGCCACGCUCGAAGGCGGGCAGCUGAACCAAGGUCCGAAAGUGAACAACAGGGGAACGUCAACCGUCGAUGAUCAGUCUAUCCGGCAAGCCGCGUCCAGACUGGCAGCACACAUGAACCGCUGGGCAGCGGAGAUCGUCCGCGCCCCCCCUGUCCCGCUGAACGAGAUCCGGGAUGCGAUCCUGACGGACCUGUACGGCUACCAAGUCAAAGAAGCCAAUGCGCCCGCGUCGAUCCAAGUUCAGAACCUCCUCCGGCACAUUUUGAGCGAAGCGAUUGCGGAAGGGAUCAUCAAUUGCCUUAUUGUUACUAACUCUACCGAGGCGAAUAUACAUCUUACGAGGAUUCACGACCAGCUGUUUUCCCGAGACCCACUAGUCGCCUGCGUAUGGCGCCGUCAAACCUUCUCAGCAGCAGUCGAAUCCUUCACGCCCGAGCUAGCACAAACGAUCCUGAGCGAAAACCUGCAUUCCCUAGGAAUGCUCCUCUCCCGCCCCGGGUUAGAAAAGGCGUUCCAAGACCUGCACGAGAUCCUCAAUGCUGCCUACUCUUUUUCCCGCAUGCUGCAUGCUGGCCAAGCGGGCGGAGGAGGAAUGGACGCGUUUUAUCGCGCGUUCGUGCCUGAGCUUGGGCACCCGCUGGACCCGGGCCAGCUGGAACUGACGAGGAGAUGUAUGAAGAGCGAGAGGGGUGAGGUCGACCUUGUGGGCGCGACGGUAUUUCCGGGAUUGGUGAAGGUCACUCUGGCCGCGGCCCGGGGUAAGGAGGGGGAGAAUACGAUCGCCACGGUCGUUAAGCGAGCGCAGGUGAUUUGUCAGUGUGCGCUGGUGGGAGUGCCUACGCCUCAGCCGACACCAGCGAAUGGGCCGCCGCCUGCUUGAGCUGUACCUGCCGGUGUAGCUUUUCCUGUAGAUGACAAUUCUCUGUUUAACGGACUAGAUCAAU